GUCCGGUAGUUACAGACGGGCUGUCGGGCGCAAUUUAUAACGUGCGUAUAAUACGUCUCGCUUAUUAUAGAAAAUUCGGCUGGAUAUACAGGCAUUUCGCAUGGACAUCAACGUUCCUGUUUUGCUUAGGGAGGUGGAAAAGAGGCCGCUGCUUUGGGACAAAUGGCAUGAGGAUUUCAAAGAGAGGCUCAAGAAGAACAUAGCAUGGACCGAAGUAUGCGAGGUUUUAUUCGACGAUUAUAAUAACAUGGAAGAAUCCCAACAAAAAAUAAAGAUGGUGGAGGCGACGUCGAAGUGGCGACACGUACGGGACAACUUCCUGCGUAGCGAGAAGAAGCAAUUGGAAGCCAAGAAAUUGGGGUUGAAACGAAUCGCGCCGUAUUUAUAUUCGAGGCAACUGCAAUUUCUGAGGAAGACGUUUAAAAUAGAGGGGCAGGAGGAUCCCUUGACGGUGGACACGCUUCCGGAAGAGGAUUCAACUCUUAACGCUACCGGUGACGAAGAGGAUACGCUGUUUUUCGAGGAAUUGAAACCUCUUCGAUGGUCUCCGGUUUCCUCAGAUUCUCGCGAUUGUCAAAGUUCGUCGAAGAAGAGAAAGAGGAGAAACGAUGCAGAUGAGAGACUGGCAAACUAUCAGGAAGGCGAUACUCAAAAAUUUGAGAACUACAACGACGACCAUGCGUUUUUCAUGUCUCUGUUGCCAAUGGUUAAAAUGUUAAAUACUGAUGAAAAAUUGCAGUUUAGAAUAGAUGUAUUGCAACUUUUAAAGAAAUACAGAAAUAAAUAAAGGAUUUUUGUUUUUUU